AUGACGCUGAUGCUGGCGGCCGUCAGCGUGCCCCUCAACUCGGUCUUCGGCACUGUGGCCGCCAUCCUUAUCACGCGCAACGAGUUCCCCGGGAAGGUCCUGCUGCUGUCCCUGCUGGACAUGCCUUUCAGCAUCAGCCCAGUGGUCACGGGCCUCAUGCUGACCCUGCUGUACGGCAGGUCUGGCUGGUUUUCAUCAUUCCUGGCUGAGCACGGCUUCAACAUUGUGUUCGCGUUCCCUGGCAUGGCGCUGGCCACCAUGUUUGUGACGAUGCCCUUUGUUGUGCGGGAGCUCAUCCCGACGCUGGAGCAAAUGGAUCUCUCCCAGGAGGAGGCCGCCCGCACACUGGGCGCCAACCCGCUGCAGGUGUUCUGGCACGUGACGCUGCCCAACAUCCGCUGGGGGCUUAUGUAUGGCAUCAUCCUCACCAACGCGCGCGCCAUGGGCGAGUUCGGCGCGGUCAGCGUAAUCUCAGGCAACAUCAUCGGCAAGACUCAGACGCUGACGCUGUUUGUCGAGAGCGCCUACAAGGAGUACAACACGGAGGCCGCCUUUGCCGCCGCCGUGCUGCUGUCGCUGCUCGCGCUGAUGACGCUGUGGGUGAAGGACCGCGUCGAGAAGGCGGCCGCGGCCGAGGCCGCAAAGUGA